AUGUUCUCGCCCGCCGCCAUGCCCAUCCGCUGCGCCGCAGCGACCGCCGCUGUGGCCGCCGUCCGUCCCCGCGCUGCCGCGAGCGUGCGCCCGUGCCUCUCGCCCGCGGCCUCGUACACCACCAAGCCCAAGCCCGCUCCUCGCCCGUCCCAGCUCCUCAAGCUCGCCGCCGCCCGUUGCUCAGCUCCCCGCGCCGCUCCCCGCGCCGUCGCCACCCCCUGCCCCUCCUCCGUCACCGCCCGCCUCAUCUCCUCGACCCGCUCCACACGGACCGCCGCUUCGACCGCCAACUCAUCCUCCUCCGCGCCCGCUUCGGCGGCCAAUGCCGCCGAUACCUUGACAUGGAACCGCUUCCUUGCGCUCCGCAAGACGCGCCGCCGCCUGUCGCUGCUCUGCAGUAUCGCGGCGGCCAUUGCAUCGACGGCCGUCGGCCUCAAUGUCCUGCUCGCGAACGACAUCGACUCGCUCGGCGCGCAGACGCUCGGCCUUGACCCGAUCAUCGUCAUGGGGCUUGGGACCGUGGCUUGCGGCUGCGUGGGAUGGUUGCUGGGGCCGGCCAUCGGCGACGGCCUGUUCAGAAUUGCGUACAGGCGGAUCGGGAGGCAGAUUGUCGAGAAGGAGAAGCAGUUCUUCCAGCGCAUAAAGAAGUUCCGCGUCGACCCCACCCAGUCCAGCUUGAACAACCCCGUUCCCGAUUUCUACGGCGAGAAGAUCGGUUCGGUUGCCGACUACCGCCGUUGGUUGAAGGAUCAGCGUGCCUUCAACUUGAAGACGUCGGGCAUGCCGCGUGGUGGUGCGGGUGCCGUGGCGUUGGGCAAGAGGGCCAGGCGCGUGUCGAAGAUUACUGGCGGCCGUUGA